GCCUACCUACAAAAGCAACACACUGCAACUAAAGAUACUGAUAACUUUACCGUUUUGUCUGCGCUGCGAUCCGCUGCCGUCACACUCUCGGGGUGGGGUUUCUAGUUUAGCUGCGCGGAGAAUAGCGACUGUCUGGUAGAGUGAUGUCACAUAACGAAUAGACGAGAGACCGAACCAGUGACUGAUUGUAAUAGCUGGGGAAAGCGCACCUGUUGAAUAACAGGCUCACAACCAUAUUCCCGUUUUCCGUAUUUCUUCGAAGCUUUUGGCUGCGUUUUAAAAGUUCAGAAUGACGGAUACAAUACUUACCAACGGAAUCAAGGACCGAGCGGGUCAGAAUGGAUAUUUUAAAAAGGGAUGUAACCCACUAGCCCUGACGGGCCGCUCCAAGCUGCAGAAUGAGAGAGCCAGUCUCAACCAACAGAUCAUCAGACAGAUGAGGAUGAGAGCUGGGGCAGAGAACUUACUAAGGGCGACCUCCAACAACAAAGUGUGUGAUAUGGUCGUUCUGGAGCUGAGCUAUAUCAACUCUAACCUGCAGCUGCUCAUGGAACAACUGGAGGGGCUCAACAGCUCCGUGGAGGUCUACCAGAACAUCCAAGAGACCUCCAGCAUCCCUCUCAUCCCGCUGGGUCUGAAGGAGACUAAAGAGAUGGACUUCUCUGUGUCAUUCAAGGACUUCAUCCUGGAGCAUUACAGUGAAGAUGGCUCCAGCUUCGAGGAGGAGAUCGCUGACCUGAUGGACCUGAGACAGGCCUGUCGUACCCCCAGUCGCAAUGACGCCGGCAUCGAGAUCCUGGCCAAGUACUUCAGCCACAUACCUCUACUGGAGAGCCGCUUCUUCUCCGCUACCCGCCAGAUGGGCAUCUUCUUUACUUGGUAUGACUCGUUCACAGGUGUUCCAGUGUGCCAGCAGAACGUCUCUCUGGAGAAGGCCAGUAUUCUGUUCAACAUCGGCGCCCUCUACACCCAGAUCGGCACGCGCUGCAACCGCCAGACGGGCGCCGGCCUCCAGGAUGCCAUCACAGCCUUCCAGAAAGCUGCAGGAGUCCUCCACCACCUGAAGGAGACGUUCACCCACACCCCCAGCUAUGACAUGAGUCCCUCCAUGCUCAGCAUGCUCAUCAAGAUGAUGCUGGCCCAAGCUCAGGAGUGUCUGUUUGAGAAGAUCGCUCUGUCUGGCAUCCGCAAUGAGUUCUUCUCUCUUCUCAAGAUGGCCCACGAGGCUGCCAAGGUAGGAGACACCUAUGACCAGGUUCACCAGUCUAUGAGCCAGACUCCCAUCAAGGACAACGUCCCGUUCUUCUGGUCCACCAUGGCUCAGGUCAAGACCCACCACUACCGUUCACUGGCACACUACUUCCUGGCUACUGCGCUAUUGGACCACCAGCUGAGGCCCAGUGAUGACGAGGACCAACAGGAGAAGGCUCUGUCCCAGGCGUAUGAUGCCAUGCCAGAUGGCCGCUCCCCACUCGACAUCCUCAGGAAGAUAGAGGAGAGACGACAAAUCGGUAAGGCCCACCUGCGGCGGGCUGUGAUAGGUCAUGAGGAGGGUCUGAGGAUCCAUAGUCUGUGUCGUCACCUCAGGAAGCUGGAUGUGCUCCAGGCCAUCCUCCAGGCCAGUCACAACCGUUCCCUGGCCAAGUUCAAUGACAACAACCGAGAGGACGAGUUCACAGACUACCUGGAGGCUCCAGACAUCAUCUCUAAAACGGAGCACAAGGCAGAGAUGGAAACGCCCAUGUCCACAAAGGUGAAAGUCACAGACUUUUUCCGGAGGCUGGGUCCUCUGUCAGUGUUCUCUGCUAAGCAACGGUGGACAGCUCCUCGUACCGUCAGGCUGAGACUGGAGGACAGAGACCUGGGCUUCACCCUGAGAGGAGACCCAGUACCUGUACAGGUUACCUCCCUGGACCCACUCUGCCCUGCCGCUGUCGACGGGCUGAAAGAGGGGGACUACAUUGUUGCCGUGGGAGACGCGGACUGUAAGUGGAUGGUAGUGAGCGAUGUGAUGCGGCUGCUGAAGGAUGUGGACGAGGACGGGAUCGACAUCCGCGUUGUUAGCUUGAUGGACAGCGGCCUGCCCAUGCCCACUAAGAGUGCCACGUACUGCGGAGGUAUAUCUAAGACCUACUCUAUGAUCUGCCUGGCAUUCGACGACGACAAGAGCCCCAAGGGCCGCAAGGUGACCAAGAAGGGCUCCUUCCUGUCCUGGGGCGUAAAGAACCAUCUGAAGAGCUCCAGCACCCUGAGCCUCCCUACAGCAGACUACUCUGGAACACUGCCUUGGAACAAACCCUGUCCCACCUUCCCUUCCUCCAGCCCCUACAACGACUCCGCUCUUUACUAGAGAAGGAAACAUACUGGACUGUACAGACACUCUACUGGGUUAGAGAAUACUGUGUGACGGUCUCAAAUGGCACCCUAUUCUCCAUAUAGUGCAGUACUUUGGAGGUCUAUGGGCUCUGGUCUAAAGUAGUGCACUCUAUAGGAAAUAGGGUGCCAUUGGGCUCUGGUCUAAAGUAGUGCACUAUAUAGGGAAUAGGGUGCCAUUGUGGGCACACAUGUUAAAUCCACUUUAAUCAGUGUAGAGGAAGAGGAGGAGACGGGUUAAAGAAGGAUUUUCAAGCCUUGACAUUUGAGACAUGGAUUGUAUUUGUGUGCCAAUCAGAGGGUGAAUGGGCAAGACAAAAUAUUUAAGUGUCUUUAAACAGGGUAUGGUUGUAGGUGUCGGGUGCACCGGUUUGUGUGAAGAACUGCAACGCUGCUGGGUUUUUCACACUCAACAGUUUCCCAUGUGUAUCAAGAAUGGUCCACCACCCAAAGGACAUCCAGCCAUCUUGACACCACUGUGGGAAGCACUGGAGUCAACAUGGACCAGCAUCCCUGUGGAACGCUUUCAACACCUUGUAGAGUCCAUGCCCCGACACAUUGAGGCUGUUCUGGCACAUUGAGGCUGUUCUAACACAUUGAGGCUGUUCUGACACAUUGAGGCUGUUCUGACAGAAUGAGGCUGUUCUGACACAUUGAGGUUGUUCUGACACAUUGAGGCUGUUCUGGCACAUUGAGGCUGUUCUAACACAUUGAGGCUGUUCUGACACAUUGAGGCUGUUCUGACACAUUGAGGCUGUUCUGACACAUUGAGGCUGUUCUGACACAUUGAGGCCGUUCCGAGGGCAAAAAGGAUGGCGGUGUCACUCUAUAUUAGGAAGGUGUUCUUAAUGUUUUGUAUACUCGGUGUGUUGAUAUUCUAAUGUAAAAAAUGUCAAGUUAUACUAUGUAGAUAUCCCACUAUGUAGAAGGUGAAGGAUGUAACUCUGAAACCAGGAAGUGAUACGUCUGUAGUGAGUGUGUGAUAGGCUAACACCGUGCGCUGUAAGCUGAUGAAAAUAGAUUACUUUAUUUUUUUAUUUUUGUGUGUAAUUUCUUGUUAAGACAAUUACUGUGGUUGAUAUGAAGGAAUAUUGUGUGUGGUGGGCUGUUCUGAUGUAGGCCUUGUGAAAUCUCUGUGUUUUAGAUUUUAUUGGCAUGUCAGGGGAGGGAGGGAGAGAAGGGGCCUGGGUUGAGGGGAAAAGAGGGAGGGAUGGAGAGGGCGGCCUGAGCAGUGUAAUAAACCAAAAGACCUCUGGGCCAUCGAGACACAGCUCUCACCUAAGCUUCUGCCAUUUUGUAAUAGUGAGUUCUAACAAGCCUUUAAAUGAAACUCGUUGUAGUUAAACACUAAUAUCCAUCCCCCCUCCUCCUGUACUGCUGACCGGCAGCCAUUUUGAAACUCGUCGUAGUUAAACACUAAUAUCCAUCCCCUCCUCCUGUACUGCUGACCGGCAGCCAUUUUAAACACUAAUAUCUUCCCCCUCCUCCUGUACUGCUGACUGGCAGCCAUUUUGAAACUCGUCGUAGUUAAACACUAAUAUCCAUCCCCUCCUCCUGUACUGCUGACCGGCAGCCAUUUUAAUGACAACCUUUCCUGGUAGAGCAGGGAGAAGUCUCCCUACCAGCGGACCGAUGUGGUUCUAUCUCUGUGGAUGUUUGUGUAGUAUUUGCUGGUAGAAAUGAAGGCUAUUUUGUAAAAGGGAAAAAGACUGGUUGUGUUGUCUGUUUUUUGUCUCCGGUGUUCAGUGUAUUUGCAGAUGAUAACGUUAAUAUAACAGUAUACAACAGGUUCAUGUUAAUUUCGCUCAGCCUGGGUUCCAUCGAAGGGAAGAGUCCCUGUUUGAUUCCACCAUUGGGAUUCUACUGGUCUCUAGUGGUCUCUAUAGGUUUCUACUGGUUUCUACUGGUCUCUACUGGUUUCUACUGGUCUCUAGUGGUUUCUACUGGUUUCUGCUGGUCUCUAAUGGUUUCUGCUGGUCUCUAGUGGUUUCUACUGGUCUCUAGUGGUUUCUACUGGUCUCUAGUGGUUUCUGCUGGUCUCUACUGGUUUCUACUGGUCUCUAGUGGUCUCUACUGGUUUCUACUGGUCUCUAGUGGUUUCUAGUGGUUUCUGCUGGUCUCUAAUGGUUUCUGCUGGUCUCUAGUGGUUUCUACUGGUCUCUAGUGGUUUCUACUGGUCUCUAGUGGUCUCUACUGGUCUCUAGUGGUCUCUACUGGUCUCUAGUGGUCUCUACUGGAUGCCCACCUGAACAUUUUUCUGACACUGCAGUGUUGCACUUUCUUAUCUACAAAGUAGAUUAUUAUACGUUUUGAUGAUCUAAUUAUUUCUAUAACAAUAAAACCAUCUGAAUAUCUGUGUGUGCAUUGUAAAGCGUGUGUGCAUUGUAAAGCGUUUGUGCAUUGUAAAGCGUUUGUGGACGGUAAAGCGUGUGUGCAUUGUAAAGCGUUUGUGGACGGUAAAGCGUGUGUGCAUUGUAAAGCGUUUGUGGACGGUAAAGCGUUUGUGGACGGUAAAGCGUUUGUGGACGGCAUUUGUAAAGUUGUGAAGUCUGUUGGCUGUUGCAAAGUAAUGUAUUUUCUGAGAUCAUUGUCUUCAAAGGGGUAUGUAAAAAAAAAAGUAUAUAUAUUUUCACUGCGUUUCAUCUUCUUUCAGGAAAUGCCACUCGUGGCUUCCUGAAUUCUACAAAGCAGCACAUUGUGUGCAGGUCAUAGGUACUCUAGGUUUGAUUGUAAACACACCUGUUGUACCGAGGACAGUUACAAUCCUUUUCUAUUGCCCGUCCCAUCUUUACUGAACUCAAUUGUGGCUAAAUAGUUGUUGUACAGUUUUUAUCAUGCUUGUGUAAACUACUCCAACUAUUGCCUUGCUAGUAGAGUUUAUAACCUUGCUAGUAGAGUUUAUAACCUUGCUAGUAGAGUUUAUAACCUUGCUAGUAGAGUUUAUAACCUUGCUAGUAGAGUUUAUAACCUUGCUAGUAGAGUUUAUAACCUUGCUAGUAGAGUUUAUAACCUUGCUAGUAGAGUUUAUAACCUUGCUAGUAGAGUUUAUAACCUUGCUAGUAGAGUUUAUAACCUUGCUAGUAGAGUUUAUAACCUUGCUAGUAGAGUUUAUAACCUUGCUAGUAGAGUUUAUAACCUUGCUAGUAGAGUUUAUAACCUUGCUAGUAGAGUUUAUAACCUUGCUAGUAGAGUUUAUAACCUUGCUAGUAGAGUUUAUAACCUUGCUAGUAGAGUUUAUAACCUAUAGCUGUCCUGCUCCAGUUAUGUGUAAAUAUAAAGGCACAUUAUUAUGAA